AUGGCUGAAGACCUUGCGAGGGAACGACUGCAGAAACUCGUCGGGUUCUGCGCAAACAACCCAUCCAUCCAAUAUGUCACCCCAUCCUCGCCCAAGUAUGCAGAGCUGCGCGCGGCAUAUGUUUCUCUACCCGACUUGAAUCCCCUUGUGAUUGCUCGUCCAUCUACCGUGGAGGCUGUAGCUUGUAUCGUGUCCUUCGUGGUGGCUAACGACAUUCCAUUCACAAUUCGAUCGGGAGGCCACGACUCCUUCGGGCGAUUCUUCCGAAAUGGGGCGGUCGCGGUCGACAUGCGGUUGGUUAACUACGUCGAAAUUGAUCAGGAGUCCAUGACCGCGCGGAUCGGGGGAGGCAUCCUCGGCGGGGAUCUGAUCCGUGCUUUGCAGAAGCGUGGGCUCGCCGCUGCAGUCGGGACGGUCUCCUCGGUCGGAUACGCGGGCUGGGCGAUGUACGGUGGCUACGGACCGUACAGUGCCAAAUUUGGAUUGGGAGUCGAUCAAAUCCUGGCAGCCAAAGUUAUCAACGCUCAGGGGGAGCUGAUGGAUGCCGAUGCAGAGCUGCUCAAAGCCAUUCGUGGCGCGGGGGGAGCAUUCGGGGUUGUCGCUGAGCUCACGAUUCCGGUGCACCGCCUGGAUCAAACUCUCGCAGGCGCCAUUGCGUUCCAGUCCGAUGAUCUCCCUGCAAUCAUCCGACAGUACAACACGGGCUACCAGGCUUUAUGUGCCGAAGGGAUCCCUGCAGAGCUCAGCCUGCAACAGAGUGUUUUCAACCUUCCUCACGGUAAGACCUUGGUUGUCCUGUUCGUGUGGGCGUCCUCCGACAUCAAGACUGGACAAUCAUGGGCCGAGAAGAUUAGCGCUCUAGCUCCGGUGGCUCACUACGCCGUCCAACCAACAACGCCCCUUACCUAUCUGACCAACACGGAUCGAAUGGUGCCGUCCCAUACGCGUGGGCGUGUGCGGACGAUCAGCCUGAAGCGAUUGAGCGAAGAGGUCUUAGACGUGAUCUCCACCGGCGUCCUGAAGAUGCCGACGGAUCCGCACACCUUCGUCGCCAUGCAUGAGCUUCGGACCGGCACCCCAUCGGCCCAGGGUCACUCUGACUCGGUAUUUCCGGCCAGGGAAGCCCACUUUGUGUUCGAGAUUAUAGGAAAUGCGCAGCGCGAAGAGAAUCUAGACCUUGCGACUGCGUGGGGGCAGGACUUCUGGAACGAGCUGAGCCGCACUGAUCAGGAGAAUGUUCUCCCGUCGACGUAUCUGUCCCUGACGGCCCCGGAGGAGGUGCAAAUGUCGCGAACAUUUGGGGAGAACUAUGCGUGGUUGGUGGAGAUGAAAGGCAAACACGAUCCUCGAGGGGUGUUUGCGGCGGCCACGGCGAGGUUUUGA